GCAGUCAUCGGAAUCUGCGCCUACAUUUUGUCCGUGUCUUCAGUGACAGCAGGAGGUGUCGUGUGUGUGUUUUGAGGCUGUUUUAAAGCGAAACCAUGGCCAAGGACAUGACUCUGCUGUGGGGCUCCGGCUCUCCUCCCUGCUGGAGGGUCAUGAUCAUGCUGGAGGAGAAGCAGCUGCAAAACUGCGACAAAAAGCUGCUCUCCUUCGACAAGAUGGAGCACAAGUCCCAAGAAGUGUUGGACAUAAACCCGAGGGGUCAGCUGCCAUCUUUCAAACAUGGAAACAUCAUCGUGAACGAAUCCUACGGUGCCUGUUUCUACCUGGAGAGCCAGUUUAAAAACCAGGGAACCAAACUGGUCCCCGACGACACCGCACAACAAGCGCUGAUGUACCAGCGCAUGUUUGAGGGUCUCACGUUCUACGAUAAAGUCGGGGCUGUUAUCUACUAUGAAUACUACGUCCCUGAAGGAGAGAGGCUGGAGUCAGCGAUGAAAAGAAACAAAGAGACUCUGGCCACUGAGCUCAAACUCUGGGAGGGAUACCUGGAGAAGCUGGGAUCGGGCUCUUACAUGGCAGGACCGUCUUUCACUCUGGCCGAUGUGGUUAUUUUUCCAACUGUUGGUAAUCUUUUCAGAUUUGGGUUGUCUGCUCAGCGUUACCCUAAACUGGGAGCGUAUUACGCUCAAGUGAAGGACAGACCCAGCGUUCAAGCCAGCUGGCCUCCUCAUUGGCUGGAGAAUCCGAAGGGCGAUGAGGAGACCCUGAAGGACGUGUGAUAUCAACACACACUUUUAAAUGUGAUGUUCUGGUGUGACUACUAAUGCAAAGCUUUUGCUUCCGUCUAACAAAAGCUUAACUGACAGCUUGAUAAAUAUGAUACAAGCCAUGUUUUGAUUACUAAUGCUGUUAAAGAAAUUGUUGGCAAACUAAAACGUUCUGAACACAUUAGAGUAUUGCAGGGACAGAUAUGUGGUUCUUUGUUUUUUGAUUUUGAGGCCCUCUUUAAACCAAAAACUGUAUAAAUGCAACUGUACAUUCGAUGUUGGCAGGGUACCACCAGCAGACACAGCAGCUUUGUGCGUGUAACCUCAAUCUGUGUCGACUCACAUGUGCCUGAAGUCAGUGUUUUGGCUUAAAUGCAUAUCAAUAAACAUUUCUUGUAGGCUCUGUGUAUUCAUACUGCCAUGCUUAAUAUAUUGGGGUGAUAAUUUGUGUGCGCUAUAAAUUUCCAAUCUCACACCUCCUCCGUGUCAGAGUAGAAAUGUGGGCGGUGUCUCUGUGGACAUGAUCUGUGUUUGCUGUUUGAAUAAGGAGAUUAUUUUCUGUGUACAAAGGUAACUCAAAUGUGCUGUGUUGUUAUGACUUUGCAUAAAUGACAUUGUUCAAUGUUGCUCCCUUUGCAUGAAUAGUGCAUUUUCUGUUGAAUGCACAACCACUUGGAGACACACCAGCCAUACUGUAUGUUCAUAUGUGUCACUUUAAUAAACAGUAAACGUGUGCAUCAGC